GUGACCGAUGGCCGGUCCUCUUUCUCCAACACCUAGCCUGAGACUUCACGGCGCGGCUGCAAUCCUGAACUAGCUUGGUAAGGGUUGUGCCCUGAACCAGCAUAGAGAGACCUCGGACCGGCCGCCUUGAUGACAGCAUCCGCGUCCUUUUCAUCAUCUCAGGGUCUCCAGCAGCCCUCCACCUACAGCUUCUCCCAAAUAACCAGCAGCUUGUUUCUCAGCAAUGGUGUGGCUGCCAACAACAAAAUCCUUCUGUCCAGCAAUCGCAUCACCGCCAUUGUCAAUGCCUCGGUGGAAGUGGUCAACGUGUUCUUUGAGGGCAUUCAGUACGUAAAGGUGCCUGUUACCGAUGCUCGUGACUCUCGUCUCUGCGACUUUUUUGACCCCAUUGCUGAUCUUAUCCACAGCGUGGAUAUGAGGCAGGGCCGCACGCUGCUGCACUGCGUGGCUGGAGUGAGCCGUUCCGCCUCACUGUGCCUUGCGUACCUCAUGAAAUACCACUCCAUGUCGCUGCUGGACGCCCAUACAUGGACCAAGUCGCGCCGCCCCAUCAUCCGGCCCAACACCGGCUUUUGGGAACAGCUCAUCAAUUACGAAUUCAAGCUGUUUAGUAACAACACCGUGCGCAUGAUCAACUCGCCGGUAGGUGACAUCCCUGACAUCUAUGAGAAGGACAUACUUGCAGUGAUAUCAAUGUAAGCCAUCCCGGCCAGCCCUUGACAUCUGCCAUCGAUCUGGCACCAAGACUGAACUUGAACACUGACAUUUUGUUAGUAAAGAAAACUGGUUGGUGCCUUGUUAAAGGGCAAGAAAAAAAGGGAGGGGGUUGGAGUUUUGAAUGUAGUAAGCCUUACCUUAAUAGAAUUAAAUUCACGAA